UCCCCCCCUUUUCCCCGCCCCGGAAAGCUGGGCUCCCAGGCGCGCACUCGCCCUCCUUGCGCCACGUGCUCGGUGGAGGGCGGUGCGGGGGGGCCGAGCCGAAAAGAUGUUCUUGCUGCCUCUUCCGGCUGCCGCGAGACUCGCCGUCCGACAUCUGAGCGUGAAGCAUUUCUGGGGACCCGGUCCAGCCGCCGCAGACAUGACGAAGGGCCUUGUUUUAGGAAUCUAUAGCAAAGAAAAAGAAGAUGAUGUGCCCCAGUUUACAAGCGCAGGAGAGAAUUUUAAUAAAUUGGUGUCUGGAAAGCUGAGAGAAAUCUUGAACAUAUCUGGACCACCCCUGAAGGCAGGCAAAACCCGAACCUUUUAUGGUCUGCAUGAGGACUUCUCCAGCGUGGUGGUGGUUGGCCUCGGCAAAAGGACGGCCGGAGUCGACGAACAGGAAAACUGGCACGGAGGCAAGGAGAACAUCAGGGCCGCUGCAGCAGCGGGGUGCAGACAGGUUCAGGACCUGGAGAUCCCGUCUGUGGAGGUGGACCCCUGCGGAGACGCCCAGGCGGCUGCGGAAGGAGCGGUGCUUGGGCUUUAUGAGUAUGAUGACCUGAAGCAGAAAAAGAAGGUGGCCGUGUCAGUGGAGCUCCAUGGAAGUGGGGAUCAGGAGGCCUGGCAAAGGGGAGUCCUCUUUGCUUCUGGGCAGAACCUGGCGCGCCACUUGAUGGAGACGCCUGCCAAUGAGAUGACGCCAACCAGAUUUGCGGAAAUUAUCGAGAAGAAUCUCAGAAGUGCUAGUAGUAAAACAGACGUCCACAUCAGACCCAAGCCUUGGAUUGAGGAACAGGAAAUGGGAUCAUUCCUCAGUGUGGCCAAAGGGUCCGAAGAGCCUCCAGUCUUCCUGGAAAUUCACUACAAAGGCAGCCCCAAUGCAAGUGAACCUCCCUUGGUGUUUGUUGGGAAGGGGAUUACCUUUGACAGUGGUGGCAUCUCCAUCAAGGCGGCUGCAAACAUGGACCUCAUGAGGGCUGACAUGGGAGGAGCUGCCACUAUCUGUUCAGCCAUCGUGUCUGCUGCCAAGCUCGACCUGCCCAUCAACAUCGUAGGUUUGGCCCCUCUUUGUGAAAAUAUGCCCAGCGGGAAGGCCAACAAGCCUGGGGAUGUUGUUAGAGCCAAGAACGGGAAGACCAUACAGGUGGAUAACACUGAUGCUGAGGGGAGACUCAUCCUGGCCGAUGCGCUCUGCUACGCGCACACUUUUAACCCAAAGGUCAUCAUCAAUGCCGCCACCCUGACAGGUGCCAUGGACAUAGCUUUGGGGUCUGGUGCCACCGGGGUCUUUACCAAUUCUUCCUGGCUGUGGAACAAACUAUUUGAGGCCAGCAUUGAAACGGGAGACCGUGUCUGGAGGAUGCCUCUCUUUGAACAUUACACAAGACAGGUUGUAGAUUGCCAACUUGCUGAUGUUAAUAACAUUGGAAAAUAUAGAUCUGCAGGAGCAUGUACGGCUGCAGCGUUUCUGAAAGAAUUCGUGACUCAUCCUAAGUGGGCGCAUUUAGACAUAGCAGGUGUGAUGACCAACAAAGAUGAGGUUCCUUAUCUGCGCAAAGGCAUGGCUGGGAGGCCCACGAGGACCCUGAUUGAGUUCCUGCUUCGGUUCAGUCAAGACAGUGCUUAGUUCAGAUGCUCUAAAAUGCCUUCAUUCUGUCUUAAACAGGCAGUAGAGCUUCAGAAUACUUUUGAAUGAAUAGCUUAAAAUCUUUUAAGGGAAACAAAGGAUGGUAUUUAAAAACAUAGAACAAAAUGAAAUUUGUAUGCCUUGAUUUGUUUUUCAUUUUAUGCAGAGAUUUAUAAAGGUAAAGCUAAUAUCUUGCUUGGCAAAGAUUUUUAAGAUACUCUCUCUUAAAUGAAUAAUGAUGAUUUUUUAAAAGCUACCUAAUCACUUUUCAGAGUAUAUGUUUGUAAUUGAGGAGCAAAAUUGUAUUUCAGAUUUGUGAUGCUGGGAAUAUGAACAAACUAAAAGUUGCUAUGCAGUUGUCAGAAACAAUAAAUCCAACUUCUUGUGCUCCCUGG